AUGAUGCCUGGAGAUGCCCGUAAUGUUGCAGAAACGGAGAGUAUGAAAGCAAUUUCUGUUCGAUCGACAUUUUUGCUGAUCGUCAUCCUCGCCGAACUGCUGCUGUGCACCAGCGCCUUCGUUACAACAGCACCUAGAUUGCCACUCAGGCGGGUAAAACGUCAGUGGGGAUACGGCGGUUGGGGUGGUUAUGGUAUGGGUGGGUAUGGCGGUGGAAUAGGUAAUAACUACGGCGGGUUAGAUAUUGGUUCAAUCAACGUUGAUAAUAUGUAUGGUGGAUAUGGUUACGGUGGUAUGGGAUGGAUGUGA